GGUUAACAAACUAAAGAGAUGUAGGUGGAGCUUGGUAAAUAUUUACUAUAGUCUAUUUCAGAAAAAUAUCAAAUGUCAGUCUGUUCCUUUAUUAAGUCACACUGACAUAGACCUAGCUGGAUGCGACAUGAUUUUGACCAUAACCAGAAAUACUCUACAAUAAUGGUUAGCUACAUGUUACCAGUGGACUUUGGUCAGAAUAGUUUAUAUAAUUCAAAUUCACCAGAUUUUCCAAUGGAUCAAGAUUAUUUUGAGAAUAUAAUGAUGGAUUUUAAUGGUCGACCACAGGAACCACAAUCAUUAUCUGGAAGUGGAGAUUCCCUGUCAUCAUAUCCAUCACCAAACCAACCAGGUUCACCUGUUGCCAUAGUAACAUCUACAGAAGAUGUUCAGGUGUCGUCAGCUUCUGAUGAACGAGUGCAAAAAUCAAAACCAUACAACAAAAGGUUACCCCCUCCUAAACAACUAUAUACAACAGAGCUUGCUGUAUUGUGUAGAAUUUGUGGUGAUAAAGCCUCAGGGUUCCAUUAUGGAGUUCAUUCAUGUGAAGGUUGUAAGGGAUUUUUUAGAAGGACCAUAAAGAAAAAUUUAGUGUAUAAGCCAUGUCGAGCACUGAAACAAUGUAAGCUGUCAUUAGGAUCCAGAAAUAAAUGCCAGCACUGCAGAUUUCAGAGAUGUUUACGUGCAGGGAUGUCUCAGGACGCUGUAAGAUUUGGAAGAAUGCCAAAAGUAGAAAGAGAAAAGUUAAUGGCUGACAAAGAAGAACUUGAAGAGAAUAGCAGUGUGAGGAUUCUAGAGUUACGAUCUAUAACAGAUAUUAUAAAACAAUCAUUUCAUCAACAUGUCGUGGAAACUCUACUCAAAUUCAAUGGCAGGGAUGAGGAUAAACAAGAAAGCAAAGAUAUUGUGAUAAACCGACUGGAAUCAGAAGAAGAUUUUGAGAAUUGGAAGAUUUACGUCAAAUAUCAGGAAGUAGUUCUGCCAUUGAUGGAGGGAGCUGUAAGAUUUGCUAAACAACUUCCUGGAUUUUUGGAGCUAUCAACCUAUGAUCAGAUAACAUUAAUGAAGCAGGCGUCCAUGUCUGUUGCUAUAGUAGCGAUGAGUCCAUUAGUGGAAGAUGUAAAAUUUAAAAUUCCUGGAAUGGAGAUGAAUUUAAUCCUUAACAAAAGUCUGCUAGAAGAAUGUAGGAUCGUCAGACAACUUUUUGGUCAGAUUUGGAAGUUUUAUGAAAAGUUAAAGAAAUUUGAACUGCUACAGUCAGAGAUUUCCUUGUUUUGUGCCACACUUUGUUUCUCAGAAAAUCCUUUUCUUCAAAGUCCAAUAGAAAUAGACAAAAUACAGCAAGAUCUACUUCAAGCUUUGAGAAUCGAAUUGAAACACAAUCAUCCAAAACAACGCCACUUAUUUCCCAAUCUUGUUAUGCUGGUCACAGAUCUUCGCCAAGCUGUUGAGGCAUUUGGACAGAACAUCAGAAUUGGCAUCAUCGACAAAUCAAAGGAUCUGUCUGACACUGCACCACUAAUCAAAGAAAUGUUUAAUAUAUAGAGGGAUCAUAUAGUAAGCAUUCAAUCUUUUAAUGUUGACCUGUAAAAGUAUAGGGUCAAAGUGACAAUGAAAAUAUUUAUUUAAAAUUUUAUUGGUCUGAAGCCCAACAAAUUAUGUUACCUUUUACACUUACAUGGCGUAAAUUUGUUGUUGUGCUAUUGGGAGAUGGAAGGGUUCAUUAUCUAGCACAAUGAUGUUAUAACCGGUGAAUUGUUGUACAUUUAUGUUGUUUUUAUAGCUCAUCUGUUGGAAAUUUAUGUAAUUGAUCAUUAAUGACAUUUUAACUUUUUGUUCCAAUUUAUUUUCUUUUUCAUGAUGUAAUUUUAUCUAUCAUACUUUUCUUUUUGAGUCACACAUUAUACCUUGUAUAAGAUUUUACACAGAAAUUCACAAAUAUAUAUAUCAAUGUAUAUUAAGCAGAAACAAAUUAUUUUUCUAAAACUUAUCUCUUGAUCUCACAUUAAGCAGAUGGCACCAUGUUUUUUUACUAUAUGAUCGACUGACAAGACUACCUCAGUAUCUCUAAUGCAAUUUAUUUUUAGUGCAAAAUUGGUCUUUAGUUAAUCUAAAUAUUUAUUCUGUAUUGGACCAAAAUUGGUCUUUAGUUUUAAAUAUUUAUUCUGUAUCAAACCAAAAUUGGUCUGCAGUUCUAGAUAUUUGUUCUGUAUAAGACUAAAGUUGGUCUUUUGUUUUUAGAUACUGUGGACUCAUUUUAUUUUGGGGGUGUCGAUUUUCGCCCAUUGAGGAAAACUUGCAUGUUCAAUGAUAAUUGUUUUUCAUGGUUUUGCUAAACUCUGAAUACCAAGCUUAUAAAAAUCUGUUAUUCCUCAGGACUUUUGAUUUUGUUAUCCACAAAACCCAUGCAAAUUGGUUUCCAACGAAUUAUAGUGAAUCCACAGUAUUUAUUCUGUAUUAGAUCAAAAUUGGCCUUUAGUUCUAGAUGGUUUUUUCUGUAUUAGAUCAAAAUUGGCCUAUUAGCUCUAGAUAUUUAUCCGUAUCAGUAUAGAACUGGUCUUUAGUUCUAGAUAUUUUUGGUGACGAGAUCACUGUUAUAUAAGAGCUAAUUUGUCUGACUGAGAGAACAAUGAAAUAUCAUUUGUUUGUUUUUAGGUGAAUCAUAGAAACUUACACAUACCUUGUUACAGUUGUAGAUACAACUUAAAUACUUAUCAGGGGCGGAUACAGCAAUUUUAAAAAGGGGGGGUUCCUAACACAGGACAAAGGGGGGUUUCAACUGCAUGUCCCCAUUCAUAUGCAUUGAUCUUCCAAAUAGAAGGGGGGUUGGAA